UGAUAAAGGGCUCUCGCACAGACCGUUCCCGGAGCUGGAGCGAGAAGCAGCUGGAAACCGAGAUUCAACCGCGCGGUAGACUGGUGGGUACUAUUGUUGAGUUGCCACCGCACAGUACCCUAAGGUAAACACUACAAAGUGGAUGUUCGCCACCGCUUGGUUAGCUGCAGCGGAGUACAGUUCGAUUCGAACCUUCAUCCGGAUUGGUCGCCUGUCGUCCGAAGGACCUCUCGGAAGUGAAACCGCGGCGCGCCGCGUUCUCCAUAGGACUAUUCUUAGUGAUUUUGGGUGUUUAGGUCAGUGUCUGCUGGAGGCCUUCACCUAGAGCGCAGUGCUGUAAAUCACUGUUAUUUUUUGCUCGCGGAAUGUGAAAUGGUUUGGAGUGACCCGGUUCCUGUUGUCCCGUUGGAAGCAGUUGGAUUAAUGCGUUUUUGGUGACCUUUUGGGAGUGAAUUUAUUACUGAAGCAGUGACGUUUGGUGCUUUCGGCGAGACGAAGCUGACUUUGUGAGGAAUCGCGCAGUUUGAUAAAUAAACAACCAACGGAAAGCGAAGAAUUUGUGCGAGUGAGCUCAGAGCUUUAGAGGGGGGCCCGCAAUUUGGUGAUCUGUGGUGAAUGAGCAAUUCUAGUAUCAACAACAAUAACGAAACGAGUGAAUAAACAAAUAAAUAUAGCAAGUGAAAUAUAAUACGAGACGCUGUGUCCAGUGUGGUAUCUGCCGCCCAGAACGAUUGGUUCUAGCUACGAGAGUGCGAAGCGAAACCAAUGGGAUGGAAUAAAUGUUGAACGGCGAUUGAGACGUACGCGGCCACAGUGGAAUGUGACACCUGUUUAAAAGUGAUCUACCAAGCGAGGGACUACUAUUGAGUUUUUGCGGUACUGUUUGCUCUGAUGUGAAACUGGAAUAACCUUCAGAAAUUGGCGCUGUUUUUCCUAACGAUUAUUGCGAUAAUAUUCAAUGGAUUGGUGAUCUGCUGUAACGGGAGUAUACCCACGCGUGUAGUACUAGAAUAGACACAGUAUGUAUCAGUCGUCGACUACCGAAGCAAUGCCGCUGAGUGACCACCAACACCACCACCACUAAGAUGGAAACUCGCCUCGAUGACCGAUGCGCCGCUCUACUGCUUCAACUCAGCGCCGACGACGGAGACUACGCUCAGCAGCUUCCCGAGUAUCCUUCCGUCGCAGCGAACUCCAGUACUUCGGAAUCACACGAUCAACAGUCCCUACUGUUGGUGCCAACGAUCGCAACGAAGCUGUCGAAGUUGCUGACCGACUUGGUCAGUGUUGGUGGGGGAACCGGGGGAGUGGCCGGCAGUGUCAAUUUCAGUGCAUUGUUGUCGCUCAAUUUCAGCACCAGUGGCAAUAGCAGCUCUAUUGGUGUCAGUGCAACAGCAACAACGGCCUUAGCGGUGGCGUUUGACGAUCAUCUACCAUCAUCGGAACGCACGCAGAACCACUCCACCGAUGGAAGGUUCAACUGCGACGGUCGCAACCUGGCGGAAUUGGCAACGAGUGCGUUCGGAAGUGCGACCGGUGGGGGCGCGAGUGGCGAUGGGGGGUUCGGUCCGAAAUUGGAAGUUUCGAAAACGAUGGACGUGAUCGGGAACAGUGGUGGUGUUGGUGAUGGAACCGAUUCGGUCGGGUUCGGCAUCGGAGACGGCGGUGCGGCCACGCAACUGUUGAUUGCCAACUGGCAGGACUGUGUCGUUGUGAUAUUAUUUUGCUUACUGAUCGUAGUGACUGUGAUCGGCAACACGCUCGUGAUCCUGUCGGUGAUUACCACUCGGCGGCUGCGGACCGUCACCAACUGCUUCGUGAUGAGCCUGGCCGUGGCCGAUUGGUUGGUCGGGAUUUUCGUGAUGCCCCCGGCUGUCGCGGUCCAUCUUUUGGGAUCGUGGCCGCUCGGAUGGAUACUGUGUGAUAUAUGGAUCUCAUUAGAUGUUCUACUGUGUACGGCGUCAAUCCUUAGCUUAUGUGCAAUUAGUAUAGAUAGAUAUCUAGCGGUAACGCAACCGCUCAACUACUCUCGCCGACGGCGCUCGAAACGGCUGGCCCUCCUGAUGAUUCUGGUCGUCUGGGUACUAGCACUGGCCAUCACCUGCCCUCCCAUUCUCGGCUGGUACGAACCGGGCCGGCGGGAGCUCACCCAGUGCCGGUACAACCAAAACGAGGGCUACGUCGUCUUCUCGGCGAUGGGAUCCUUCUUCAUUCCGAUGGCCGUCAUGAUCUACGUGUACGUGCGGAUAUCCUGCGUGGUGGCAUCCCGCCACGACAAAAUGACCGAAAUCGAAGUGCACAAGAAAAGUCACCGAACGCGUGAUGCCGACGAGCCGUGCUACCACUACGCUUCGGAGAUGGAUCCGGCCCAGUUGAGUCCCAAGCGAAAGCGUUCCUCAUCGCAGCUCUCGACAGCAACCACAACUUACGUGACACAGCUGGGGCCAGGCGGUGGCGGAGGCUCAUCCAGCUUUACGGCCCUUAGCGGAGACUGCCCUGGAGGAGAUUGCCUUAAGCUGGGGGGAGGCGGCACCAGAAAAAAUCACAAGAAUGGACAUUACGAGCUUGUCGACAUCAAUUCCAUGUCCAAAACCACAACUUCUUUCGUGGGCAACGGUGGAGGUACGAACGGAGCUGGACUCGAUGAGGACCAUAUGGACCCGGGUGGCCAGCGGGAGUCACCGGGAGCUACCGGAGGCAUAAAACGCAACUCCACCAUCCACUACAAGCUGGCCUCGACGACGGAGCUUUGGUCCUCGGCCAAUAACGUUUUCAAUCAACAGCAGAAACCACAAACGGCAAAUCAAUCGGGCGGCUUGAGGCGUACCAAUACCAUUAGUAACUCAAUUACGUCGUCGACCGCCACGGCAUCGGCCUCGGCAGUGGCGGCCGGGCGAAAUAUCCGGAUCCACCAGAAGUCACUUUCGUCGCGAAUUUUGUCCAUGAAGCGCGAGAACAAAACGACCCAAACGCUCAGCAUCGUGGUCGGAGGCUUCAUCGCGUGCUGGCUGCCCUUCUUCAUCCAUUACAUCAUUACGCCGUUCCUGCCAGAAGAGCUGGCUGCACCCAAACUGGGGGAGUUUUUCACAUGGCUCGGCUGGAUCAACAGCGCCAUCAAUCCGUUCAUCUACGCGUUCUACAGCGUGGACUUCCGGGCGGCCUUCUGGCGCUUGACGUUGCGGCGCUUUUUCCGCAACAGCGAGAAGGCACCCUUUGCCAACAUUCACAACAUGUCCAUGCGGAGAUAAGCUCCGACCGCAUCCAAUUUCCUAUAAUAGCCGAUCCACCCUCUCUCCAUCCACAGUUCAAAUGACACCUUGUUGCUUGUAUAAGCGGAACCUCCGAAUCAGAGCCCGGGCAGGUUGAAAAGUGAACGACAAAUUUGCAGUUUCUGUCUCGUGUGGCUGGGAAAGUGCGAUUUGAGAUGUGGUUUCACACGGAUGAUUCCGCUUCUAUUGUCAACACAUUAUGGGAUUACGUACGGAUAAUAUGCUUCGUAUGUGAGCGCGAUAAUGGGCGUUUUGUCUCUGACCUAUUGUUAUUGGAAAAAUGUGAUUGUACAUUCUGAUAAAACGUGUGCUGUACCAUUGUGAAUCUGAGUAGGUGAAUAUUCAGUUGGUUAUGUUAAAGAACUAAAGAACAGAUUUUAAUAACUUA